UCCCAAGCCAAUAGGACCAACGUGAAACUUUUCUGUGGUGCGCUCCUAUGGGCAAUGCUGAGAGCUGCGAGAGCUGUUGCUCCUCUGACUUGGCGCAGUUGAAGCGCGAUGCGGAUUGGAAUGGACGUCGACCUGAGAGAUAUCCGGCUGCUGUCACUGACCUCUUCGAGACGCCAGCCCACAGCCCACGGGAUCCCAGGUUUCAGCUAGCAGAUUUUUUGGAGAGUGGUGACGAUCGAGGCCCUGCAGGAUGUUUGAGACAAAGAAACCUGCAUGUGAAUGAGAACCGGACUCACUGGUUCGCCGUUUUUCGGCCCACCAGCGUUGACGCGAUUCAAAAGAUGAUGAACGGAGAUGGUACAGGCAAAGGUCUCAACAUCAAGGGCAAGUCGGCAAAGACCGGUCGUCUUUCAGGCUUUGUUCCUGUGCUGCAGAUUAGCCAGAAUGAGCAUAAGAAGCAGCUCUGCACGUCGCCGAAAAGUGCCAGGGUAAGAAUCUACAUGGCCAGCGAAGAAUCAUGCCAUUCUUUACAAUUGCGGAUGCAGAAGGUCCUGGAUGAAAUGGUCCGCCUAGCUGCAGCUGCCCAAGCCCUCUUGGAAGCCCACAAGGCUGGCUCGAUUGACCUGUCCGAGGAGCAGAUGGAGGAAGCCUACACACAGCUGGGCCUAGAGGUUGAAGAUCCCACGAUCAACCUCCUUCAACAGUACGAACCCGAAGCCAACGGGUUGGAGAUUCCGGAGCGGCUUUUUCGAGAAGUGUAUGUACAACGUGCAGACAUUUCUCGCUCCGCAGAUUGGCAGACUGGAAGGCCAUCUGAACCUGCCUUCAUGGACAUGAACCUCCACACCUUGAGAGAUUCCAACGCUCAGCCCAGAGCGGUGAUUUGGCAACAAGACAUGGAGGAUUGCCUUAACCCCUCGAGCCUGCUGAUGGCAUAUGAAGAGGAGAAGGUCAAGCCUGUGGUAUCGGACUUUGAUGCUUUCAUGCUGGGCUGCAAGGGCCCAAUGAACUUCCAGCCACUUCCACAAGAACAGGUGGAGAUCAUGAAGUGGAGCCUCGGGCAGAUUUUAGAGGUGCUCGAGAGACCAGGCUCCUCUGGAUGGAUGUCGAGAUGGCUCGAGAUUCUCAAGCGGGAAUCUGACAAGGGCUUUCAUCCAGAAAUGCCAAGGUUCGGUUUUGGGGACCCGACUUCCUACGAGAUCGUGGGUGAAUUUGUGACCGCCAUGGGGCUCUUGGGUGCUGUCCGCCACGGAGCAGAGUGUUUCAACUUCUACUUCCCACAGGACCUGGACGAUGAAUUUCUGGUGAUUUCGGGUACCUUUGGCGCAGAGCCAUGGAGGUACAUGAAGGAGCCGGAGCUGCGGGAAUUCUUGAUGGAUAGCAUUUCUCAGGGAUACAGCUUUCCAUUGAACCCGAAGUGGAUCAUUUGUGACGCAGGCUGGCGCGAUGUCUUUCAACAGCUCAGAGCAGGGGAGGGGAGCCAGAAGCACCUUGCGUCCUGGUUCCCGCCUGAUUCGGGAUUGAUGGACACAAUCGAUGAGCUUUGCCAGAAGUUUCCGGAGGGCUUUACUAAGCCCACCGGCGUUUUGGAGAUGGACAUUGAUCUUGCUGAAUUCCAGUUGAAGCGCUAUGAAACGCUCCAGCGAGCGAAACGAAAGCUUCGAGCGUGCUUGCGGUGGAGGAAGAUCAACGAGGAGAAAGUGGAGAAGCAGGGAGAAAAGAAGGCGGUGAAGGACGUGGAAGAACAACUCACAAGAAUCGAGGAGGGGGAAGCCGAAGACGUGGCAGAGCUGCCCGCUGCCCAAAAGAUAGAGGAACCAAAGAAACCCAGCAAGAGGAAGAAGUCUUGCUUGGGCUGCUGCUCCAAGUAGCGUGCGCAGGUGUGCGCCAACUGAAACGAGUCUUCUCACUCCUCGUCCUUCUUUUUUCCACUUUGAUGCAGCACACCUGCCCCCUACUUCCCGCAAGUGCUGAACGCGUGCCUGCGGGUACCAAUUCUGUCCAAAUAAUCACAGCAUUCACAAGUCGAGUUGGGCCACACUGAUAAUAGCCUCAACGUGUUGGAUCGGUGUCCGGGAUCCCGGCCUUUCCACAUGAACAAAACUUGCAGCGACGAAGUGUGUUCUUUUUAUUGCAUUGAACUGGAAACCAGCUCAUGCAAGUGAGGAACCAAAGUCGACUUGAGCAAAGACUCAGCGAGAAAAAGGCAAGCAUUGUUAAUCUUUCGAUGUCAAUGAUUGGAGCAUAGCCUAGCAAGCGCUGGAGAAAGUGUUUGCUUCGACUGAAGGAUUAAAGACAUUGCAUGAGCAGCUGUCUAGCUCAUUUUUCCG